AUGUAUUAUCCACUGCCAACACCCACAUUCGAGCGUAAUGCUGCGACGCUGCGGGCCCUGCAGAGCCUAAUGGCGGAGAACAAAGCUGCGGAUCUGCUGCGUGGCUUGCUUUACGAUGCGCAAUGCGAGGAGCUUGAGUUGGCAAAGGCCAGAGCGGAAAUGGAGAGGGAUCUACAGGAUAUUGAUGAUAUGGAGAGGGAAAGUGGAUCCUCGGCCCAGGAAUUACUCUCCCUGCUCGAAGCCUCCCUGUCCGGGCCCGCGGCGGAGGCAUUAGACUCUUUGGCAGAGGCGGCUGUGUUACUAGGUUGCUCGACAUCGACGAUAAAAGCAGCACCAUCGAUAGGCCAACAGCUUCGAUCCUCGAUCCUUCAAGUCUCUCAACAGACAUUCGCGCUAGAAACGCAGAUCCGAUCGCUUGACGAGCAGAUCGCUCGGUUCCAAAUAUCGCGACAUCCAAAGCAAGACGAACUGGGGGCUUCCAAAUCCGACGCAGUCUCUUCCACGGCUUUGGAUGUGCGACCGCGGAGCUAUAACCCGUUCCGACCGACCAUCGAUCUCGAUCUUGUGUCUUCAGAUAUUAAUAAUCACAACACCGCGAACGAUCCCAGCGACCCUGACUCUGCAACGCUCCACGCCCAAACCCAACACCACCAGCUCGAAACGAAGCAACUGCAGUUAAAAGCCCGGGAAUACACCGAGCGUAUCACACAGCUGACCCAGCAUCAAUCCCAACCUCAGUCUACAACUACCGCCUCAAUUGCUCACAUCGCGGCCAAACAACAGCGUCUUGAAGCCCAGGCGGACGAGAUCAAGAGGUUAGAAAGUGCGAUUCGUGCGUUCAAUGGCCUGCCGCCGGAUGUGGAGGCGUCGAGGAGUGAGGUCAAGAGGGCAAUGGUGGAGUUAGAGGCUUUGAAAAGCAAGCGGGCGGUGGGAUUUGAGGAGUUGGGUGGCUAG